CCGUCUCCCGGUGAGUUGCUGGCAAUGCAGCGGACAGAUUUAGUAAAUAUUGCGGUAAGCGCUUCAUACUAAACAGCCUGAUAAACUAUGCUCACGUAACUUGGCUGUAGACUUGGGGUUCAGUAGUGAAACGUGGGCAAAGCGACCGCAGGAACAAACGGGAAAUUCAACUGUCAGCUGGCCGGGAAAACCGCUCACACCACCCGGCUUCCGGGGAUUCAGGGGCCGCAUCGGUUGACGGCAGACGUCGGUCGGUAGCUCGGGGGAUAAAGGGCGAACAUCCACAUCAUCAUCGCCGACAUCCAUCUGUCGUGUCCAGCCACUUCCGAGAUGUCAAGAAAGCUACAAAGGACAGAAGUCUGCGCCGACUGCAGUGCGCCAGAUCCGGGCUGGACCAGUAUCAACCGAGGGGUCCUGAUAUGCGAUGAAUGCUGUUCGGUCCACCGCAGCUUAGGCCGUCAUAUCUCCAUAGUCAAGCACCUGAGGCACAGCGGAUGGCCUCCCGCACUACUGCAGAUGGUUCAAACCUUGGCUAGUAAUGGGGCCAACUCCAUAUGGGAACACAGUCUCCUGGACCCUGCUCAGGUGCAGAGCGGUCGUAGGAAACCCAACCCCCAGGACAAAGUCCAUCCCACUAAGUCAGAGUUCAUCAGAGCCAAAUACCAGAUGCUAGCCUUUGUGCACAAGCUGCCCUGCCGCGAUGAUGAUGGCGUCACUACCAAGGACCUCAGUAAGCAACUGCACUCGAGUGUGCGGACGGGGAGUUUAGAGACGUGUCUUCGGCUCCUGUCCCUCGGCGCUCAGGCCAACUUCUUCCACCCGGAGAAAGGCACUACUCCACUCCAUGUGGCAGCCAAGGCAGGCCAGAUCUUGCAAGCUGAGCUGCUGGUGGUGUACGGUGCAGACCCCGGAGCACCUGACAUCAACGGACGCACACCUAUGGACUACGCUAGGCAGGCGGGCCAUAUAGAGCUAGCAGAGCGACUGGUUGAGUGUCAGUACGAGCUGACAGACAGGCUAGCCUUCUACCUUUGUGGCCGGCGUCCAGAUCACAAGAAUGGCCAUUAUAUCAUUCCUCAAAUGGCAGACAGAGCUCGUCCUAAGUGCCCGACACAGAGUCUGGACCUCUCAGAACUGGCCAAGGCCGCCAAGAAGAAGCUCCAAGCGCUGAACAAUCGGCUGUUUGAGGAGCUGGCGAUGGAUGUCUACGACGAGGUGGAUCGCAGAGAAAACGAUGCGGUGUGGCUUACCACCCAGAACCACAGCACUCUGGUAACGGAACGAAGCGCAGUGCCCUUCCUACCAGUCAACCCUGAGUACUCUGCCACACGCAACCAGGGCCGUCAGAAGCUGGCACGUUUCAACGCCCGGGAGUUUGCCACGCUCAUCAUCGACAUCCUGAGUGACGCCAAAAGGAGACAGCAGGGGAAAGGUCUCAGCAGCCCUACUGACCCGUUGGACUUAGGCAUUGACGAUGACCAGCAUGACUAUGACAGUGUAGCCUCUGAUGAAGACACAGACAGCGAGUUAACCACCCAGAACAACAACAACACACAACGCAGCAACCGCGCAAAGAGUAUGGACUCGUCGGACUUGUCAGACGGGCCCAUCACCCUGCAGGAGUACCUGGAGGUGAAGAAAGCCCUGGCCUCCUCAGAAGCCAAGGUGCAGCAGCUGAUGAAGGUCAACAACAACCUCAGCGAGGAGCUGCGGCGGCUCCAGAAGGAGAUCACACGGAUGCAGACAGAGAACAGCGCGCUGCGGGGGGGCCAGCAGGCUGGGGGGGCAGCUGGCCAUGGGGUAGGGGGGCCUGGAGGAGGAGGCCAUUGGCCAGGGGGCGGGAUGCGAGUAGGAAUUGGUGGAGGGGGUCUGUGUGGAUUCGGGCCAGGAGCUGACCCCCCGGGGCUCUCGGUGCCCUCCUCGGUCACCCCCCACUCCCAUCCCAACCGGAGGGACCGCCAGGCCAUCUCAAUGUACGAGCCAGGGGCGGCCCCCGGCCCCACGGCCCAUGGUCCCCCAGCCCUGGACCGCCUGCAGCCCCUCAACACACCCAGCGUAAGGAAGGGUAGUACAGGAGGUCCAGCACCGUAUGGAGGCCAUCAUCUGUCUGGAUCUACAGAGAUGGGCAGAUAUAUGGUGCCUAAAACGGAGAAGCACGGCAGCGGCACUGACAGUGACUAUGACAACACACAAACAUACGACCUCUCACUAAGUAUGGGUCGCAGCAGUGAGGAGGAAGGCCGUGGGGAAUCUGAGGAGGGAGGAGGCGGGGAGGCAGGGGAGCCUGACCCCACCUUGCCCUGCACAGAAGAUGUCAUACUGAAGACUGAGCAGGUGACCAAGAACAUCCAGGAGCUGCUCAGGGCGGCUCAGGAGUUCAAACAUGACAGUUUUGUUCCGUGUUCUGAGAAGAUCCACUCUGCUGUCACUGAGAUGGCCUCACUCUUCCCCAAACGCCCUGCGUUGGAUGCAGUCCACUGCUCCCUCCGACUGUUGGCUUCCAGUGCCUCGCGGUUGCAGGUGGAGUGCCGCAAGGCGGCGCCUACGGAGCCCGGGGCCCCUGCAGUGGACUACCAACUCCUCACUCAGCAGGUCAUCCAGUGCGCCUACGACAUUGCCAAGGCUGCCAAGCAACUGGUCACCAUCACCACCCGCGAGAAGAAGCAGUGACCCAACAAAUGCAUGGAUGGAUGGCGAAGGAAGAGGGAGAGAAAGUAUCAAAAGUGGGCUAAGAGGGGUGGGAUGGGCUAUUAGAAGAGGAGGAUAGAGGGAAAUUAUGAUCACACUAUAGACGGAAGGACGAGGGAGGGGGAGUGAUGAGAAUGAUGGGCGCAAUGAGGAAAGUUUGGAAUACGAAUGGAAAGGAAUCAGAUGAAAGCAAAGAGCAUUGAUUGUGAAGUAGAAACACUACAGAAGAAAAAGGAGAAAUUCCACAAUCGUGGAAGUGUGAAGUGAAAGUAGGGAAGGACAAACGGAAGGAUCCAAAGUGGGAACCACAGCCUGCAGCAACCUAAAUAAACUGUUGGAAUCAGAUGUGUAUAAUAAACCGCUUUAACUGUGACACGCAUACCUGGAAUACAAUGAUGGUGAUGUACAGCGAACCGAAUCCUGAGAUGUUACUGCUUUAUUUAUUCUCCCCCGUCACUCGUCGUCCCUCCCUCUCCCCGUUUACCGGAAACCAGGGAGGGCGGAGGCGUCACGUCGCGUGAGAGGGCCCGAAGACGUUCCACACCAUCUCCGUCCCUCCAUCCCGUGAGGAGUCAGGACGUUCUUCUUCUUCUCCUUUUCCUCUCUGGCCCACUCUUUUGCCCCUCUCUCCCUCUCCAACCAGACACGAGGGCCCCUCUGUCUCCUAUCCCGUCCCAGACAGGAUGAGCUUGCGGUGCAGAGAAGGGACCCCCCCCCUCCCCCACCCCCAUCCCUACCCCUCCCUGGGACCCAUCUAGCUCCACCCUACUCCACACCCCACCCAGGCUCUCAGAUGCUUCUUCCUGGGUGAUCUUUUGCAGGGGGCUCCAGCUUUUUUCCAACCCAUCACCCCCUCCCCCCCCUGUUGUUGGUGGUACACAGCAUGAUCUGGCAUGUUUUAUUUCUUUCCUCUCUCUUCUUUUUCUCUGUUUUUUUUUUUUUUUCCUCGUUCUUUUGAAUAUGCAGAUUGGGUUGGUCUGCACAUCUGAGGACAAAAAUGACUGACUUACAAAAACAAAACACUUACACUGGAAUAAUUGUGAUUUAUUGUUAUUGUUUAUCAUGCCUAUUGUUUUUUUUUUGUAUUGAUAUUUUUACUGACUGUCAUCUUGAUUUAACUGUUUAUGUAUGUUUAUUUCAUUGUCUCAAAUAUGAUUCUCAUUUAGUGGAAUAGGGAGACAGGUGGGAGUAUGUGCUCAACCUCUUACUGGGAUUUAAGUAAAACAUGCACACAUACACUUAAAAAAAAAAAAUAACCUGUGAAGUGGUCCUCAACAUUUCUCAAGCACUCCUUUCCUGGGUGACAGUUGAGGUUGAUUUAGUUGUUUUUUUUGUUUGUUCUUUUAUUUUGUGAUAUGUCCUGUGGCCAAGGGGUUAAACAGUUGCCAAAGGGGAGACAGUGUUGGGAGAGAUCCGCUUUUACUUUAGAUUUUUUUUCUGUCAGAGCGAAAGCCCCUUGGUGCGUAAUGACAGGACCUGGAUCAAGAUGUUCUUUCACGAAUCCUCAGCUGUCUUUGCGCUUGAUUUAUCUCACGGUUUGCCUCAUUUAAUAGAGCCAGUGGAAUCAUCUCAGAAUCAAUCCUGUCUUCUUUUUCGCUAGAUGACAAAAUCAGGCGCACCAUUAGAUCCAGUUUGAGGAUUAAAACCCCACCCCCACCCCCCCCCGCCCCCCCCCCUAAGUCUUGCUUUAAAACAGUAUCUUAUUAACACCGCGGGUGUGCUGCUGGCUGCUUGUGUUACACGGCAGCCGUUAUUUGCAUGCAUGUUCAGUCACAUUCAGUUGAUACAAAUACUUGUUUGUUGCAGUUAAGCUUUAAGUAGACCUGUGGAAAGCACCAGAUCUUAGCAAACCUGGAACAUAAAUAUAGUGAGAAGAUACUCAUUGUGUUAUUUCAUUUGAGGAAAUAUGUUCAUUUGAAAUGGAUUUAGCCACCUCAUAUGUGCUUGAUUUAGUUUGCCAUGUAUAUAUAUAUUUUUUUUCUCCAUUUUUUUCAGACUGUCUGGCAAGCACAAUCAAGCCCACAUUCUGUUUUUUUUUUUUUUUUUUUUCCGAUUAAUUCUCUGUCACGGCCUGCUGAUCUGGGCCACAGAAGUUGUCACUUCGAGCUCACUGUCUCUGAACUCUGCCAAUGGGAGACAGCAUUGGGAACAAAGAUGUUUUUCUUGUUUUGUUUUUUUUGUUUUUUUUCAAAAAGAUAGCGCACUUAGCCUACUGUAGGUGUUAAAGCUUGUUGUACUGUGCCGAACAAAUAUGGUCAUAUCUGUAACAAAGGAUGCAGAUGGGAUCUAACAAGUCCUUCCUGGCUUCCUGAAGGACCGUCCUCUUCUAGUUUAGAUUCACCUCUUAAUGAUUCUCCAGCUGGUUUUUUCUCAAAGUGUUUGUGGCUUUAAUAGUUGCUUGUUCUUGCAUCGGUCUGUUCUAUAAUCAUGCUCAGUGCUCAGAAGACCUCCGCACAUUAAACACGGUCCUCAUCCUCUUAAAAAGCAGUCACAUCUCAAGUCGUCUUUUCUCGUAUCGCUGCCUUUUAGCAAGAAGCAAUUAGACCUUAAUAAGCCCCAAGCACUUUGAGAGAUUGAUGCCAAACCACCUACAGCACUUCUCUGUCCACUUUAGUCAUGUUUAGGUUUUUUUUUCUUUUUUUUUUCUUUUUUUUUUGUGUGUGUGUGUGUCCUUUCCCCCGAUCAUCACCUGGGGUCUGUGACUGUCAAAGUGUUCCUCAGUCUCUGUAGGGGAGGUUGGAUUGUUCGCUCUGUUCCCUGUCAAAACAAGUCGUGUCCAGAAGACUCUUGAAAUGUAUCGUUGUUUGAUAUUGAAUGCCUUUGCACAUCAUCAUCUCCUGUUUGACUGGCUGAGUUACAGUGAUGUUGUACUGACUGCUGAAACAACACAAAUACUUCCAUACACACACACACAAACACACACACACACAAACACAAACACACGGGGGCCAGUAGUAAAGCUUGUCCCUUCAAUCAUGAUCGCCCAAGUUUUAGACUAGAGCCAUAUAUAUGAACAUAUAUUUUCAUGCUAUAUUUUAUAUUAAGCUAUAUGUUAGGGUUAUGUUUGUGAGAUAUUUAUGUAUAUUUGUCGGCCAAAGUGGGCUUCAGGCUGCGGGAUCUGUUCACCAAAUCUACAGGAGGCCCUUAAGUCUUGACACCUGAUGUACUUGUAGGUAUUUUAAGUCUUGUGAGUAUGGUUACGCUGUGGUAUUUCCCCUCCUGUAAUGUCAUAUUGUACAUAUUAACGAUCCUACUAGAAUCCACAGGAAGCAAAGAGCGAGAACAACAGUUUGAUCUAGCGGAUUACUAAACACCGUGGUAUUAGUUGCACUAUUUUCAAACACCAGCUGGGUGAAGUAGGAUCUACAUUAUGUACCGCACUCUCCCAAAGGUCUUAGUUCGAGUACAUUAGGUGCAGGACGCAGGGGUUUUUUACGUGGGAUGGUGCAAUAGGAAAGGUCUGAAGCGCACUUCAGCUUAGCACUACAGUCAUCUCAGAACGGCGGGAGGAGGGUCUAAAAACGCACAUGGCCCGCUCCUUUCCCCCCGAUUUAGCGGACACUACGUAGGGUGCCUCUAGUGUGAAUGUUAAAAACGCUUCCGUCAGUCUCAUGCCCGACACACUUUCUACAUCUUCAUCAUAUCCAGAAUUUAGCACACACUUUCCAAAAAUCAAACUAACACCCCUCACCAGUUGGACCAAGCCUUCCACGAGUACAAACAUGAAAUUUUUUUCAGCCAGUGAAUUAUACAAACACACUUCUGAUACUCAGCCACGGGCAGUGCACUGUGGCCUGUACUGUUGCUGUCCCUGUGUCUCUUCACAGCUCUACACUUUGGGAGAUGGGUGACGGGAGAGUUAUCUUUUAACAGAAGACGUUAAAAACUGUAUAAAGUAGAGAAAACAAUGACUUAAAAGGUCAAUCGUAAUGGAAACUCAUAAGCUGUACAUUUGUAAUAAAAUAAUAAAACAAGUUAAUUGUC